GCCAUCUUGCAGUGAAAAUAACAAUGCAGCAGGAAAAUAUAAAAAUUUUAUUUGGAUAGUCCUAGUACUAUUAGUUAUUGGCAAUUGUUGGAGAUCUUUUUGUAAAUUAGCAAGCAUAUGGUUUGGAGAGUAAUGGUAACAAAAGCCGUAACCCCUCGGGGAGUCAAGAAGGGGACAGAACCCAAGGAAAGCCAGGUGGAAACUUGGAAAAACUCUCAAAAGAAGAAUUAAUUUUGAAGUACAGAAAUUUGUUAGUUAUUGCCCAGAAAGCUAAGGCAGCUAAGGAUGAGGUAACAGCAGAAGCAAAGAAAUUAAAAUCACGUGUGAAAGAUGCAGAUAGUGUUGGUGCAGAAGCUGAGGCUCUUCGGGAAAUGGUGGCUGAUUUGACGGAAGGAAAAGUUGCUUAUACAACGAAAGUUGAGUCACUACAAAGGCAGUUGAAAAUUGCAUCAAGUGAGGUAGAGUCUUUACAGGAGGUAGAAAACAAUUUGAUAAGGGAGAGGAAUCAGCUUAUUGCAGAAAAUAGCCGGCUAGCAGAGGAGAAACAGAGUUAUCAGGAGAAAUUAGUUUCUUUUAAAGAUUCUUCAUCAGAAAAGAUUAAGUUAUUGGAGAGUGCUUGGCAAAAAGAAAAAUUAGCAUUAGAGGAAACGGUGGAAAACCUUGAAGCUCAAAAUGGUCAGGUUGACAUUUUGAAAACUAAGUGCAAGAAGUUACUUGAAGAGAAAACUACAAUUGAGGAGGAAUUACAAAAGUAUCAGAAACUUGCUGCCAAAAGUAUUAAAUUGGAGGGUGAGGUGAAAUUACUGAAAGAAGAGAAAAAGGCAGAUGCUAUUAUUCUAGAAUCCUCCAAAAGUGAGAAGAAGAAACUUGAAGAAAAGCUUAAAGUCUUAGAAAACCAGGUUGCCUUAUUACAAAAAGAGAGGGAGGGGGAGAAGCACAAAGAAGUAGAUCAGAUAAAGAUAAAAGAAUUAGAAGAUGAGCUUUGUAAACAUAAAUCCCAAAUAAGUAUUUCUGAAACAAGCUUAAAAGAAGUUCAAGAAAAAGUUCACAAACUUCAGAAGGAAAAUAACUGUCUCAAGGAAAAUCUGGAAGUUUCUUCACAGAGCUAUGAAACUACUAAUCAUGAGUUAAGUCUUUUGAAAGAUGAACUUCAAAAUAUGACAGAAAGUAGCAAGUGCUUACAGGGAGAGGUUGAGCGUCUGAAGUUAGAGAAUGAGGAUAUUCACCAAAAGCAUUCUUUACAAAUUGAUGAAAUGAAAGCAGAAUUGCUAAAAACUAUCAAAGAAAGUACAUUAAAAGAUACAAAGGAACAAGAGCUUCUUGAAGGGAAAAUGCUGUCUGAUGAGACAUCGAAACAACUCAAAGUUGAGAAUACAAAACUUGAAGAACACAUAGAUAUUUUGCAAAGGCAGUUGACUGAAAAGAGUGAGCAGAAUGCUAUUCUUGAUGAAAAGUUAAAGGAAAAAUGUAAAGAAGUGUAUGAAAUAAAUGAGAAAUUAAAGAAAAUGGAGAAGGACAGAGUAGACUUGAUUGACAGAAAGUCAUUUUCAGAAAAAAUUAAAGAACUGGAGACAUUGCAGGAUGAAUUGCAUUGUAUUUCUGAAGAGAAGUCAGAACUUCUGAAACGAAGUGAAAACCUAGAAAGUGAUGUGAGGCUGCUAAGAGAACAGCUGAAAAAUGUUGAGAAGCAAGAAGAAUGUCUGAAGGAUGUCAUAUCCAAGUAUGAGAAUGAAGCAAAUGUAAAACUGAGAGAAGAUGAAAAAGAGAAGGAAACUGUAGAGAUGUUAACUUCAGAGAUAAAAGAUUUGAAGUCACUGAAUGAUAAACUCUCAGAAAGCAUAAAGCAGCUUGAAAAUGAUGUCAAGAAUAGUGAAUCCACUCUGACUGAUAUAGAGUCAUCAGGGAAUUCUCUAAUGGUGGUAUGUAGGAAAUUAUAUCCCUUAGGCCAGUCACUUCUCUCUACUGAAUCUGAUGUAGGCCAGGUCAUGAAAGGUAUUCUAGAACUGCUGAAUUCAGUUGCAUCCAAACAUCUGGAAUCUGGAUAUGAAGAAAGGUUUGACAGUGUUUUGGAAUCACUUGAUAAAUUCCAGAGACAUUUUAAUGGCAAAUUGUCUGUGUAUAGUGAAUGUACUUGGGAUGUACAUGCUGAAUGUUUUGAAAAAUUAAGUAGAAGUUUGAUUAAUUUCUCAAAUAGUGUGACAGUGGCUUUGGACAGUUCCACAGAAAGAAGUUCUCAGUUUGAGAGCAUUUGUCUUGAGCUGGCAUUAGUUUACAGAAAGUUCUGUGACAAUUUAAAGCAAGAAUGCAUUCAGGUUAAUAGAUUAAGAAAAGAGCUGGAUGUUAUGACUGAAGAAAAACUUGCAUUUGAGAAAAAAUUAAUGGAUUCAAUUGAUGUUAAGUGUGUUCUUGAGAAAAAAUUAGAUGAAACUGAGAGAAAAUUGGCCUCUUCUGAUAAAAGGUGUGCUGAAUUUGAAAACCAGAUAGCAUCUGGAGACAGUGAGAAAGCAGAGGUAGUAAAGAGCUUGCAAGAACAAUUGUUUGCUUUAAGGCAAGAAAAUGAGAAACUGAAUGAAACGUUCAAGGAAAUAUCGGCAGCAAAAGAUAACUUAAAAAUCUCCUUAGAAAAACAAACAUUGGCACUAAAUAAAAUUCGUGUAGAAUAUGACAGUGUUCUUCAAGAAAAGAAGACUGUAGAGACAGAAAAAGAACAUUUUGAAAAUAUGUUGGAAACUUUAAAAAGUCAAAGUGCAACUAAGGAGAAAUCCCUUUUGGAUGAGAAGCAGGAUUUAGAAAAGAAAUUGACCAUUCUCUCUGAAGAAAAAAUAACCCUGGAGAGAGAAUUUGCAUCCUUAAAUGUAGACAAGAAAAAAAUGGAAGACAACAACAAUAAAGAGAAACAAGCAAUUAGUGAGAAGGCGACUGAUCUUUUAAAAGAAAAAGAUACAUGGGAAAGAGAAGCAAAAAAACUUGAGCAAGAAAAUACAAAAUUGCAGGAGGAUAUUGCACAACUCCAGAAAAAGAUUGACAAUCUUGGUAAUGAUGUUUGCCAGAUGAAUGACAAGAUCAAAUCUAUGGAGGAAAAUCACAAGACACUAAAGAAUGAAAAGGAUAAUUUUGAGAAGAGCUUUAAGGAAGCUGAAAAUCAGAAUGUUCAGCUGAAUUCCUCCCUUGAAGCAUCAAGUGGUCGCUGCGAAGAACUUCUUUCUGAGCUUAAUGAGAUGAACAAGGUAUUGAGAGAACGAGGUGAAAGAAUAUCCAGACUUGAGGCAUCUAACAAGGAAAAGACAGAGCAACUUGAAGCUACUAAAAAUCAGUUGGUUGAACUUCAAAACAAGAUGUCUAGCAGUGAGGCUGAAUUAGCUAGCAAACAGGAGCAGUUACAGACCAUCACAGAGAAGUUACAAUCGUACCGUAGUGAGAGUAGCUCUCCGUCCUCAAUCCCAGAUACUCAAGGUAUUACAGAUUUGGAAGAGAAAGUAAAAGAAUUAGAGCUGGAGAAAGCUGCAUUAAACAAGACAAUUCAGGCUUUGGAAAGUGAAUUGCAGUCAUUACGGGAGAAUGCUGCACCCGGUCAUGAUGCCCAAAGUGAGAUCAUGAGCACAAGCACCAUCAGCCGUGCAGAAGAUUCUCAGCGUAUGAAGGAACUGGAGGACACAUUUGAAGAGCGGUACAUGAAGCUUAAAAGUGUAGCUAUUCGCUUAAAGAAAAGAGUCGCUGAAUUGACUGCACAACUAAACUCUGCAGAAGAAAGCCGAAACAAAUUGGUUUCUGAGAAAGAGGAUCUAAAGAAGAAAGUGGAUGGAGGAGCCAAAGACAGCAUAAAGAUGACUAGCAAGAAUAUUCAGAUCAUGCAAGGAGAAAUAGAUAGGCUUCAAGAUGAAGUGGAUAGUAAGAAAAAGGAGUUAAAGGAGUGGGGUAAACAGCUGACUUCUGCAGCAGAACAACUCGCAGCUGUGAAGUCUCAGUUAGCAGAAUCCCAAGAGGAAAAUGCAACACUUCUGAAAACUCUUAAGAAUCAAGAAGAAAGUAUUGCAUCUAGUAGAGAGGAAUCAGCUAAUUUAAGAGGGCAGAUAGCAGCUUUAGAAAAACGGUUGUCUGCAGAAACUGAACAACAGCUUGCUAUAGAAGAGCGAAGAAAAAAAGCUGAAGAAAAAAUGGAGGAGCAGCGUAACAAAGCAGCACAGUAUGCUAGGGAGUUGGAAGAAGCCAAGCAGAACAAUGGGAUGGUCUCUGUAAAUGACAUAACGGAUAUUAAAAACAAAAGUCUCAUGGACCUGGAAAUGAGAGAUUAUGAACUCACAGUGGAGGACCUAAAUAACAAACUUUCAGAAAAGGAAACUACCAUCGUUGAACUCCAAGCCGAAAUUUCCCGGGAGAAGGGCCGUUCUAAUAGUCUCCAAGAUCAGUUGACACAUCUAACUGCUCAGGAGGCUACAGAACGAGAAAGAGCUGAGAAAAUGAAGAAACUGCUGUUGGAUCAUAAAACACAGUUAGCUGAAUUACGUCAGUCUCAGGAAGUACAUCUUGCAUCUCAAGAAAGUGACAGGGCCACUAUUGAAGAACUAACACAGGAAGUGGAGAAACAGAAGCUGGUCUUGUCUGAGGUUAGUAAGGAAAAAACGAAUUUGGAGGACACAGUACGGAAAAUUAAAAUAUCCUCAGAAAGACAGGUAAAUAUGCUUGCUUGCUAAUUGUUUAUGUUAAGC